AUGUUGCAGUGUCAAAGAACUUGUAGCGGAGCAGCCAACAACUCUCAUUGGUGGAAAAUUGCGAGAAACAAUCUUGAGGAACUGUGGGAACUGCUUAACUUUCUGUUGCCAAAUAUUUUUAAUUCAGCUGAGGAUUUUUGUCAGUGGUUCAACAAACCGUUUGAAAGUAACGCAGAUAACUCCCUUGAAGAAGCUUUACUCUCUAAGGAGGAGAAUCUAUUAAUCGUAAAUCGUCUUCACCAAGCUCUCCGACCAUUUGUUCUUAGGAGACUGAAACACAAGGUUGAAAAUGAGUUGCCUGAAAAGAUAGAGAGACUUGUAAGAUGCAAAUCUUCUGCAUAUGAGAAGAUAUUCAUGAGGAGAGUAGAAGACGAUGUGGGUGCAUUUGGUGCUACCAAGGUUCUUUUGUUUUCAACAAUGACUAGGCAGCUUGAUGUGAUGGAGGAUUAUUUAUAUCAAAAACAGUAUAUGUACCUUCGCCUAGAUGGACAUACAAGUGGCGGUGAUCGUGGGUCCUUAAUUGACCAUUUUAAAAAACCUGGAUCUCCAUUUUUCAUAUUCCUUCUCAGUAUACGUGCUGGAGGCGUUGGAGUGAAUCUUCAAGCUGCUGAUACAGUUGAUCUGCAAGCACAGGCUAAAGCUCACAAAAUUAGUCAGAAGAAGGAGGUACUUGUUCUUCGGUUAGAAACGGUUAAAUCGGUUGAAGAACAAGUUAGAGCUUCAUCUAAGCACAAACUUGGAGUUGCUAAUCAGAGCAUUACUGCUGGCUUCUUUGACAAUAACACAAGUGCUGAAGACCGAAGAGAAUACUUGGAGGCCCUGCUGCAAGAGCGUAAGAAAUAG